GGUGGUGUGUGAUCUAACGCGACGCCCAAAGAGAGAUCUAUACUUUUAUACAAUUGACAUUCUACCAAGUUCGCACCACACAUUGAAGACUAUCGAAGAAAACAACUUUACACUCCACAAUAUCAUGUCCUCAACCGUUUCGCGCACUCUCCGCCUUCUCCAACGCAAUUGUCACCAUCAGCCACCCUGGUACUUUCAAAAGCGACACAGAACGGCAGACGCUCUAAAAGCCGGCUACGCAACACCUCACCCUAAAAUCCGCUCAGACAAGAACGCUGCUCUCUGGCCUCGUCCCAAUUCCAACCAACAGCGCCAGAACCCGCCGAUGCAUUCUGUAUACUCUGAUGAGGAAUUGCGAGUGGAGGAGACCCACGAGCCGAGAAAAGAGUGGGCGGAUGCUGUCGCUUUUGCGGCUGUCAGGACCUUGAGGUUCGGAUUUGAUACGGCAACUGGGUAUUCAGAUGGAUUGAAUCGAAUGUCGGAGCGGCAGUGGUUGAAUCGUAUAGUGUUUUUGGAAACCAUUGCUGGUGUACCCGGCAUGGUAGCUGGUAUGACUCGACAUAUGCUCUCCAUGAGAACCCUGAAAAAAGAUGAAGGAUGGAUCAACACAAUGCUGGAAGAAGCCGAAAAUGAGCGGAUGCAUCUAAUGACAUUCCUAACGCUUAAACAACCUACACCCCUUCUCCGCUUCUUUGUUCUAUCAGGUCAAGCCGUCUUUUUUGCAUUAUAUUUCAUUGCCUAUAUGGUAUCCCCGCGAACAUGCCACAGAUUCGUGGGAUACCUCGAAGAAGAAGCUGUGCACACAUACACAAAUUGCUUAAAGGAUAUCAAAGUUGGGGAAAUUCGACAUUGGUCUCAUACACCCGCACCGCUGAUUGCGAAAUCAUAUUGGCGGUUAAAGGAAGGAGCAACCGUGGAGGAUGUUGUCGCCGCCGUCCGGGCAGAUGAGGCGGAGCAUCGUACAGUAAAUCACACACUGGCAAAACUGAAGCCUGACGACCCCAAUCCCUUUAAGGUUCAGCAGACAAAGUGACAGAUAAAGGAUAGGCGUAGUGGAGUUUCAACAUGUAACUACAUCAUUGUGCAGCAAAAGCUCUGCGUGAGCUGCCCAGCUGCGUUUAUAGACUUCAUAGUCCCAAAUAGAUAGCAUUUGACUCGUCAAGCAUUAUCAGCAACAAAGAAAAUCUAUUUCCUAAUAUGUAAAAUAUGUGCAUUAACAACCUCCCA